AUUCUAUUAAUGAUGAAAAGUUUUAUAACAAUUCAGACAUUGCCUCCUUCAUUUGCUCAACAAAUUACAGUUGAAGCUAAUUUUUAUUAUAUCAGAGAUUUGAUUGAAAAAUGUGAAGAAUAACUUUAAUCAAAUGUCUAACUAUUUUAUGAUCGAGAAGGUAGAUAGCAAAUAAAUUCUGAUUUUACCCUUUAAGAAGCGAAUAUUUAGAAUAUUAUUAUUUAUGCAAAAGUAAUUGGUUAAGAAUCAUUGUCUUCUUCAUAUCCAAAUGUAACAUGUUGGUUUAAAAGAGAUGGAAUCGAAUUAGACUGUGGAGUUUCAUUAAGAUCAGAUUUUACAUUUGAAGAAGUAUUACGAAUGAAAUUUCUAGGUAUUAGAGGAUGCCAAAUCGAAGUUUAUUAUAAAUGAUAUACCAUAAUCAAUAGUUGUGACUGAUAUAAAUCAAACUUAAAAAUUAGCAACUUUGAUGGAAAUGUAAAUGUUUAAGCUUAAGGAUCGUUGGGGAGAUAUUUCAAAUCCUUAAUUAAUUAUACACUUCAAUUCUGAUAAUUAAGAACCUAUCGUUGAAUUAUUAUCCUAAAAUUAAAACAACUUAGCUUUUGCUUCUAAAUUUUAAAAUGGAACAGCUCUAAAAUUUGGAAAUGCAAUAGCUUAACAAUUUGGAAAUGGAACAGCAUAAUAAUAAUUUGGAAAUGGAACAGUAUAAUAACAAUUUGGAAAUGCAACAUAACAAUAAUUUGGAAAUGGUACAUAAUAAUAAUUUGGAAAUGGAACAUAAUAAUAUUUUAAAAAUUAAAUAUCUUAAACUAUUCAAUAAAAUCAAUCGUAAACAAAUUAAUAAUUUUCAAUUAAACCUAAUUUUUCUUUGCAAAAAAAUCCUUAAUCAACCUAAAAUUUUAUAAAUUUUAAUGUUUCUUCUUCAAAUUAAGAUAUAAAAACAUAAAAUAUGGUCCAAUAAACUUAAACUUAAGUUUAAUCAAAUCCUUAAAAAUUUGUUCCUUAACCUUUUGCACCUAUUUUAAAAAAUCAAGCUAUAACGCCAUAGAAAUUUUAAAAUAACAUAUUAAUUCAAUACUAAUAAUAACAAUAAUAAUAAUAAUAAUAGUAAUAAUAAUAAUAAUAGUAAUAAUAGUAAUAAUUAUAAUAGUCAUAGUAUUAAUAAAAAUAGUUAUAAUAAUAGUAACAACAAAAUAUGAAUGAUGAAAUUAGUUCUGUCGAAGCUAUGGCUUAGAAGAGAUUAGAUUGUUAGAUAUAAUUAGGAAAAUUUAUUCUUUUUUUUAAUGAAACAGGGGAUUUUAUUUUGUACUCAUGUGCUGAUCCUAAGUUAAAAGGCUAUUUUUUAUAAAAUAAAGGCAAGAAUUUGAAUCUGUAAAAUGAAUAAAGCUACAAAUGGAUAUCAAAAUUUGGAGUGAAUGUAGCUGAAAAUUAUAAAAAAGGAUUUAUAAUUAAAUGGAAAAAUAAUACUUAUAAUUCUUUUACAAUGACAUAUUAUUGA